CAGAACUACAACUCCCAGCAUCCUGCGCGGCCCGGGGAAGGCAGGCCGGGACUGCGAGAAAGAGGCUCCGGGGGAUAGCGGGCCAGAGCCGGCUUCUCCUUUUGAAGGGGUUUCACACCUCUUUCCGCCCGCGGCGUCGGUGGCGUCGGCGGCGUCGGCGCUCACGCAGGGGCGGGUCACGGCGGCGCGAAGCGGUGCUGGGCGGGAAGGGAAGUCGUGGCGGCGGCGGCGGCGGCGGAGGCGGCGGCAGCGGGGGCAGCAGCGACGGCGGCGGCGGCGGGGGCCGCAGGAGCGGUGGUGCUGUCAGUUAGGCCGUCGGAGAAAUGGGAGACCCGGGGUCGGAGAUAAUAGAGUCUGUCCCUCCAGCCGGGCCUGAGGCAUCUGAGGCAACAACGGAUGAAAACGAAGAUGACAUUCAGUUUGUGAGUGAAGGACCAUUAAGACCUGUUCUUGAAUACAUUGAUCUGGUCAGCAGUGAUGACGAAGAACCUAGCACCUCUCAUAGUGAUAGAAUGCCUGAGUCUAAGGUGCCAUCCUCUGAGAAUCAUCGCCCAGAAAUGUGCUCUAGCUGCAGUGUUCCUCUUCCCAUUGGAGACAGCAGCUCCUCCUCUGGGAGUUGCACCAGCAGUCCACAAAGGAUAGUUUCUCAACCUUCUUCUGUUGAGAACCCAUUGGAGAACCAGAAAAAUGAUCAAAAUAAUUCAGAUAUUAAGAUCUCUGAGACAGAGACACUUAAACCAUCACAAAAUUAUCAGACUCAGCCUUCAUCUCCAGUUCUGGUCCCCCAAGAAUCUUUGGCCUCUUCAGAGGUCAAGGAGGAUUUACCUGUAGAGUCUUCUUCAGUUUCACAGCAUGGACAGGAUGCCAUCCUUUAUCUUCAGACACAAGUGGCUGAGAUGUCCCGAGUGAUCCGUGAUCUGCAGUCUAGGAGCUGUUUUAGAUUUCAUCAUUCUAGGCCAAGUGAGAACUCCUCAGUGCCAUGGGAUAUCUCCACCUCCAAGGAUGAAAAUUUAUCCACAGUUGAUGAAGAAGCUGACUGCAAAUCCCCCUCAGCUGAUGACAAAGGGCAGCCAACUGACCCCAGUCAGUCUAGUUUCACAGGUCUUUUGAAAAGAAUGGAACAGAGAGGUGUUAUAAAGAGAGUAACAUUACAGUCUGAAGCAGAAUCGUGUGAAGGGAAGCCUGAUUAUGUGACCUCUAAGAAACGUUUGGUUCCUCCAUUGCAUCCUCUUCUGAGAAUUGCCACCACUGAGGUUUUUAAAGACCCUGCUGAUUGCCAUCCUUCUUCCUUCAUGGGGCACAGGGUAUAUCCUGUGGCCAAGGAUACCUCUCCUUUCCAACCAAAUCCACCAGCUGAGGGCCCUAUUGUAGAAGCAUUAGAGCACAGCAAAAGAGGAAGCACAACAUCUCCUCUAGAUUCUACCUCAAAAGAAAUGGAGGUCAUGGGUUGUAGAUUCUACCAUGCAGCUUCCAUUGCAGCCCGAGCUGCUAGCUACAUGGCCUAUAUGACUCAAUAUCAGCGUAAACUCUGGGAAGAUAUGGAGGAUCUGGUUCAUGAUCCAGAGUUUGAUCGUGGAAAAGCAAGAUGUAUAAUAUCUGAUGGUAUGGAUGCAGGCCUUUGGCAGCUUUGUACUACUAGGGACAUAAUGGAUUCUGUAGUCAGAGUUAUGGCAAUGGCAAUAGACUACAGAAGACAAGCCUGGCUCCGCCUUACAUCUCUCACUAAGAAAACCCAGGAGAAGAUAUCACACUUGCCCUUUGAUGGUACUUCCCUCUUUGGACAAGAUGUGAAUGCUGUUGUUGCAGAAGAAAACAGUAUUAAAGAAAAUGACUAUAGAGACCACAACAAAUACUAUAACCAACAUCGAUACUUUUAUAGUCAUGAUCAGAAAGCACAUUAUCACAAUAGGGGGUAUUCCAAAGGAGAUUGGUACAAACCUCGAAACCACCCCUAUAGAUACAGAAAAAAGGGAGAAUCCCCCGAACGCCAUGGGUACAAGAAUUAAUAGCCUGUUUGCGUUCAGCAGCAUAGUCAUCCAAGAUCCUAACUAUUUUACUUGCUAUUCCCCACUCAAACAGGAUCUACAGGUAGGAGGUCACCUCAGAAACUGAUGCAUGUCUGGAAUUAUCACAGCUAACAUUUAAAUUCUAGACUUUUCAAAUGAAGUAUAUAAUAAAGAGACUCAUGUUUUAUUGGCCAAGUGAGCAGUAGAGACUUUCAUCUAAGUUGGGUUGGACAAAGGUUUACCCAUUAUUUCUGGUCCAGAAUAAGUUCAGAGGAGGGUACUCAGGAAUCUGAAUCCUCUUGUGAUUAAAGAAAAAUACAAAGAUUUGUUCCUCAGGAAAAUCUUACUGGUAAACUGAGGACUGGCCGAUUUGGGGUCUGGAAAUAACCUACUAUUAGAUCUUUGUUUACUAAUACCAGAGGCAGAUCCUUCGUUUUUAGGUCAUCAGUGCUUCCUUGUUCAGGCGUCAGCUUGUCAGAUCUUCACAAAAUGACAAGUCUGUUGUACUCUGUUUAUGUCAGGAUGAUCAACUUAUCAAGAGUCCAUCCUACUCUCAAGGUCUCUCAGACUUCAGAAUCAACCAUGAAGCUGUAUGUCAAGAACUGGAAUACAAAUAAAAUUUUGCCAAAUCCAGUUUGCUUCCAGUGGGAUGGCUAGAUGUUACAGGUCUACUGUGGACACCAGCUGGAAAAAGACUUUCCUACCUGUAACAUCUCUAGAAAUUUUCACAGUAACUAUCUAUCGAGACUGAUGGCUACCGUGUCAUUACCACUCAGAGCUACAUGUGAGAGAAUUCUUUGUUACCAUCACGCCUAAGUCUCCAUCCUAUCAAGCUCUCAGAUGUAAAGAAGCUGUGAGACCCAGUCAUGGUGUUCUCUCAGGAUAUUCUGGGCCUUUCACCAAGAUGACCUCCUUAAACAAACCUACCUUCUAAUCAAUUAACUUUUUUGAGCUUGAUAAUUCAUCACUCUAAACACAAAAAAGAUAUGUACAUUAGUGCCCUGGAUAUAAAGGAUGUUAUACCAUCCAGGCAUGCAAAUCUGAACUCUAUAAGAGAAUUCCAAACAUGCCUGACAAUCUGGUCCUCUUACUGAAAUAAAGAAAGAGGGAUGCCAUCAAACUAGAUGAUACUGAGAAUCCUUAAGUGUUAAGAGUCUUACUGUGGAUGUCAUAAAGAGAACAUCUCACACAGCUCUGUUUCUGGAUAUCUAUGUAAAUGAUGAUAUCCAUUAGAGAUUUCUUAAAAGUCUGAAAUCAAGACUUCAACAACAUGUUCUUGGUUUACUGGUCCCUUAAUCUAGUCAGACUCUUAUCACGAGAGACGACUUAUCAUUUUGCUCCCAGUUGGUUCCAUUAAUAGUUCUUCACAGUUCUGGAACUGGCAGCAGAUACCUCAAUUGUAUAUCCCACAGUAUCUUUUUAAUCUCAAGGCAGUGGCUGUACAGUAUACCAGCCCUUAGAUCCUCGUUUUCGCAGCAUGACUUCAAAAAUGGAGGAAGUGUCAAGUUUGAGGGGUCUGAAUACAUCACCUAAUAUUAUUUGCUUGGCAGCCAAAAAAAAGUUUUUUUAUCAACAGACUUAAAAUUUUGUAACUUGAUUUGUCAAACAUCUUCAUUUAUUUCAUCUGCUUGAUCAAAAUAUCUUGGGUCUACUGUUAGUGGAAUAUAACACUGUUUUAGGGUUCGUGUGGUUUCUGUUUCUUGCCAUAGUUCUUGCACAGUGGUGAUUGACAUUUUCCCUAGUGCCCCACUUUUUGAUGGUUGAAGCUCAUUCCCCCUCCAUUGUAACUAUCUUCACCCUUUUUACUACUUUUCUUUCUCUCCCUAUUUGUGCUAGAGGUUGAAGACGCAAGCAUCCCUACUUAGAAGAAGCUAUUUUAUUUUGUCAGAUAAUUUCAGAGUACUAUAUUGGUCCUCUUUUUAGAUUAAGCCUAAACAACAGGCUUGAUAUAGGAAAUCGUCUUGUAAGCAAAUUUGGUCAAGUCCUAUCUAGAGUUAGCAUUUACCUUUAUUUUUGUAUAUUUUCCACAGUGUUUUACUUCUGCCUUUUUUAGGUCCAUGUCAUUGAUGUAGAAACUCUUCCAAAUUAAACUCUAGAAGAGCAUUGAUUAACUACCUUUAACAAGGGCCUAAAAAAAUCAUAGAUUUUUAGAGUUUACAGUAUAUAUCACAUCAGUCAAGCAGUCUCAUGUGCCCUUGACAUGGCACUGUAGGUUUUUUGUUCGUUUUUUUUUUAAGAUUUUAUUUAUUUAUUUGACAGAGAGAGACAUUGAGAGAGGGAACACAAGCAGGGAGAGUGGGAGAGGGAGAAGCAGGCUUCCCACGGAGCAGGGAGCCUGAUGCGGGGCUCGAUCCCAGGACCCUGGGAUCAUGACCUGAGCCGAAGGCAGCCGCUUAACGACUGAGCCACCCAGGCGCCCCGGCACUGUAGGUUUUUUAUGAAAGGAAUAGUCACAGGUGAACUUACUGGAGAGAGGAGACCUUGGAACUGUUCUAUGUGGCUGCACAGUUGUUCCCAAUUAGCCAAGGCUACUUCAGUCUGUUCCGUUCCCACUUUUCCAUUUCUCCCCUUUCUUUCCCUGAAUUAGAUACUGGGUUACAAAUGUGUUGAUUUUUGAGGUACUCUUAUUUCCCAAAAUCUAAACCAAAGUAAAUGAUGCUUGAAGAUGUGAUUCUCUGAAACUGCAAUGGCAUUUCCACUUAACAUGCUCCUUUUAAGUUUUUUGUUUUGAAUUGUGGUCAGAAAAAAGACAACAUAAAAUUCACCACCUUAACCAUUUUUUUUUUUUUUAAGAUUUUAUUUAUUUAUUUGAGAGAGAGAGAGAAUGAGAGACAGAGAGCAUGAGAUGGAGGAGGGUCAGAGGGAGAAGCAGACUCCCUGAUGAGCAGGGAGCCUAAUGCGGAACUCGAUCCCGGGACUCCAGGAUCAUGACCUGAGCUGAAGGCAGUCGCUUAACCAACUGAGCCACCCAGGCGCCCCACCUUAACCAUUUUUAAGUGCACAGUUCACUAGUGUUUGCUGUGUUUACAUUGUGUAGCUCCUCCUUAAAUAUUUAUAAAGCAGCAUUGCUAUUCUCUUCCUCUUGUGUUAUUUAUGUUGCUCAGUAUUAAAGUAACAUUACUUUACCACUCUCUCACUGAUAAGCGCAAACAUCUCCAGAAAAUUUUCCUAAAAGUGGAAAGAUAUUGCGGAAUCAUCGAAUUGUUGAUCAAGUAGAUAACUUCUGAAAGGGAUUUGUUGAGUGGGGACUGUCUCAGAAUGCAGUAGAAUGGGAACAGCUUUUAGCUAUAGAUGAGUUGGUCUCUUGAUUGCAGAAGAAACAAUAUCCUUAAUCUGUUUAUUUUAAAAUCUUUCUCUGGUAUACUUGGAUGAUGAUGGUGUUAAAAAGGGGACUUGAUCUAGGGAGACAACCCCUAAGGCAUAUGGAAUUCAAAAUUAGAUAUUAAGUUUUCAUACUGUGCCUGCCACAGGAAGCUCCAUUAGGUAAACCUUGGAUGUUUAAAUAUCUCUAGAUUUUCUAGGAAGCUUUGGGAUAAUUGCAAAUUUAAUGAUUUGGUAUUCUCAGUGGGGAUGCGUCUAAUGAUCCUUUUUCUUCAAAAUGUUAUUUCUCCACUAGACAUGAAAUGUAUGUGAAGACAAUAUGAUUUCUUGCAGUUAUUGUGUACAGAGAAACUGUUUCCAUUGUUAUAUGAAGUGCCUUUUUAAAUUUCACCCUAUUGUUUAAAACUUAACAUUUUGAUGUCUUGCAUAUGUUGCUGGUGAUAUUUAUGUGAGUUCUGUACAGUGAUAUUUUUUAAUCUUGUAGUUUAUUCAUCAUCUGUACAAUUGCACUAAAUGUACUCUCCUUCUGAAUGUUAAUUUGUUUUCUUUAUAGCACUGUUAAUCCAUUUCAGAAGGUUGUAGAGUAUGCCCCUCCCCCUUUAUUUAAAUAACUUCAGAGUAGUUCUUUUUAGUUAUUAGUGAUUGGCUCAGUUUCCUGAGCAUUAAGGCAGCUUUGUUUUCUAUCUGCACGUUCUAGGUUUUCGGAUUGAGUCAUUUGUCUCAUAACUAACCUUGUUCUAAGCCAUGGUAACACAACUUAUAUUUGAUAAGUGGAUGUGUUUACUUGGUAAGAAGAAACAAGAAUAUUAGGAAAAGCAGUAAAUUUGCUGACACUUUAUCCUUCCUUUUUAGACAGUGAGACAGUUUCCUUAUCAGUGUAAUUGCAUUUAAACUUUUUUUUUUUUAACUGCGUGGCAGCUUCUUUAUAAUUCCAUUUAUUUACUUAGCCCUCAAGAUAACAUUUUGAGGGGAACAAACUCUUUCAGGAUACUUGGAUACUAUUUAGUAUAUUACAUUAGUACUAUACUAACAUUUUACUGAAUGAUACCUAAGUGACCUGAUUGAUAAUGUCCUUAAGGGCCCAAUACAUCAGGAUAACCUCUCAGGUACUAAAAAUGAGGAGGUUGGAAUAGACACAAUCCAGAAUCCCUUCUAGUUAUAAAAUUGGAUACAGAGUUAAAUGACACAUUCACUAUUCUUGAGGAUAUAAUUUAGUGGGAUUCUGAUGAAGGUUAGAAAUUAUGGACUAGAACUUUGUAGAAAUAGUUUAAAGAUUGCAAUAACUGAAAACUUUUUUUUUUUUUUACGUGAGGCAUAUUUUGCCCCAGACUUGCACUGUUUUAGGUUUCCUUGUCUUUUGAAAUUUACCAUUCUUAAUGUUAGUGACUAGUCCAAUAAUUGAUUGUGAUAUCUGUGUGCAUCUUAUGCAUGUCAAUCAGUUGGCCAGGUCCAUUCUAUAUAGUUUCCAUUUGUGGAUACAGAAACCAAUUAAUUCUUCCGUUUUUCACUUAAAAUAUACAGGCGGAAAUUUUAUUUAACUGAUGAUGAUCACUGUUGAAUGCAAAUCUUUUAGUUAUUUUUCCAGAAAUAAUGAGUUUUGUAAGCCAUUAAAAUAUUCUUUUAUGGAAUUUCCCUUCCUGGAUGAAUGAUAAGAAUAUUGUUUUAUUAAAUUUUUUUUCUCCUGUUGAUUAGUGGGAUAAUAUUUUUGUACUACUUUGUGUUUUUGUUUGCUUGACUUUAUAGUAAUGAAAACUUUUUUAUGGUAGUGUUUGGUACCAUUGAGAUUUCUUAUUACUGGAAAUUAUAUGUUUGCUUCCAGUGGGGUAUAUCUGGAAGUGAUCACAGUCCAACUGUGUCCUUUUGAUGUUAUCAUAUUAAUUGUUUCAUUCUUUAUAUUGAUCUUUUCUUCUCCUUUAUGUAACACCUCUUUCCAGAAGGAUGUCUGAUCUUCCCUUAAUCUCUUUGAUGUAGAUUAUAUUUUUUAUUCUACCAGUAAAUACUAGCCAGGAUUUGAUGUGGCUUUGUAUUUGUGUACUUAAAUACAAUGCCUUCAGCAUUAUUGUAAGAGAUUUUCUAGUUUUCUCUUUUGUCCUUUUUUAAAAAAGCAGCCAGUCCAGUCUCUGGAACUAUUAUUUCCUGGCUAUUGAACUUCAGUCAGUUUUCAAUGCCUUCUUAUUUAAUGGUAGUCUUAUUUUUCUCAUUUUGUAUAGUUUUCACACAAAUGUAUUACUACAUAUGGUUUAUGGUUAAUUGCAUCUUAAAAAAAAUUCUAAGCCCAUCACCAUGAAGUUAUAGAACAGCUCUGACAUAAACUGUAUCUUAAAAUUAACCAGUUUUCUCUAGGUCUUAAGGGCUUUACGUAUUUUAUUGAGAUAACUAUUUCAAAUGAUCUCUUGGAUUUUCUAAUGCCUUGUCAAGAAUUCAGCAAGAAUUCUCAGGUUGUCUGUACUUUGUUUUAGGACUUUGGAGAUCUCUCAAGUUGUAUUGAGUUUUCUAAUAUUCCUAAGUCUAUUCCUUGGUAGCAGUGAAAGUAAAUGGUUUAUAUCUAGUUGUAUUUUAAACUCUUCUUUGAUCUUAAAUGCUUCAAGUGUUAUUAAUGAGUUCUGUUAGUAGUCUCUUUAUAAGACCUAUUUUCAUGUGCUAUUUUUUCCCGUCAGCUAUCUAUCAUACGCCUUCUCUUUUCUGUCAUUGCCCAUAAGAGUAGCUCUAUCACAUCAUUCAGUUUUGAGGGCUACAGUUAGACCUCUUGUCACCUCCCACUUUUAUCUGUGAUGGCUAUGUUUCACACUACUUAGUGUGCAUUUAAUACUAAUAUCCUAUAAUAACUAUCAUGUUUGUGGUCCCUUUAUCUGUACCACUUUUAAUUACUAGGGCAACAUGAUCUGGGUGAUGGGGGGGAGCAUUUUCCAAGUCACUAAACAGUCUCAAAUUUUCAGUUCCAUUUUUUUGAACAUAUUUAAUUACAUUAAACAUCCUGCUGUUAGGUGUGCAGCCCUUCCUUUCUGCCUUGGUUCGAGUAUAGUCAGUGUUUAGUUAGCCUCAUUUAGAUUCUUAGCAAGAGUUGCAUGCAGGUUGGUCUUUGUCUAAUGGCUUAUAACAACUCAUGUUUACUUUUAGCAAAAAUACCUUUUGAGAUCUUGGAAGCACCUUGAUAGCCUUGGGCCUAACAGUUGUCUUCCUGCCUGGGAAGCAAGUAGAGGAGAGAAUUUUCAUUUAUACAGCUCACGUUUACUGCGCUGUGUGCCAAAAGUUACAAGGCGUUCUUGAGGAAGAAAUUCACUGUUAUUUUGCAGAUGAGGAAAUGAAACAUCAUUAAGCACGUUGCUCAAGUGGUGGAGCCUAGCUUUUGAAUAUUGACUCUAUUCCUCCACAGUCUCAGUUUAGCAUUGUGUACUAGGCUGCCUCUUUGUAUUUUUCACGGCUCAACUCAAGUCUUAACCUCUCUGAUAAGCUAAUUUGACCUAUACUAACCUUUUUCUUCCCUAAAUUUUGUGUUUAUGGCUGUACUCUCAUCCCUUAGUACUUGAUGUCUUCUAUUAUCUAAUUCCUGGUCAUUUCACUUGUCAGAUCAGAAACUCUAACCUCUUCAUUUUCCCAUUGAGAUUUCACUGUGUGGGACUAAGAUUGUCUUGAUGUGUGGUCAUUGGCUUGUUUCAUAUAUUCCAUUCAUUUUCUGCACUGAUCAUUUUAGUCAAGGGUCUUUUUUGCUGGUUUUUUUUUUUUUCUUCUGCCUUUUUUGUUACACCGUUUUGUUUCAGAUACGCAAAAUUGUUUUUUUGGCGUUUUUUUCUGGCAUCUUUAGGAUAUUGGCUAGAAAGGAAGGUGGAAUGGUGCAAAGCACAUGGUAUUUAAAUUCUAAGACCUUGAUCUGAGUAUUAGCAAGUCACUUAUUUUCUGAGCCUCAGUUUUCCUACUCUCAAAUGAGGUAACGCCUGGAAGUACUUUGAAAUUUCAAAAGCCCAGUAUAGAUUUCUUUCAUAGGUGUGCUGUUUCUACACACGUAGAUAUAACUGUGGGAUGGUAUUGGAUAUAAAUACAGAUACAUUUUAAGAUGUAUAUUUAAUAGCAUGUAAUUGUUCAUGUCAUCAGAUUAUGAUCCCCUUGUUUACAGUUUUUAAGGCUCAACCAUUAAGCUGUAUUACAAGCCCAUCAAUGGAUUAAGUCGUUGAAAGGCAUAUUUAAAGUAAAAUAGUCUCUUUUCUCAAGUACAGGCUAAGAAAUGCUCAUUAUAAACAAUAAGGAAAUAAAGAGAAUGUAGAAUGAAGAGCUAGGUUAUGUAGGUAUGUGUAUAUGAUUUUUGAUGGAUGCUGUUUUGUCACUUUGUGUCUGUUGGCAACAAUUUUCUAUCAUAGUUUUCAAUACCUUUGUGCAGGCAGACACUGAGGAAGGUCUGGGGGAACCUGGAGUUAAUAAGAGAUGGUAUAUUCUCUUUAGAGAAAGAAAUAACAAUACAAUGUAACUGUCCUGUUUAGAGGCAUGAGUGCAAUGAAGUUGAACAAAAGAGGGCCAUCUAGAGGAAUCAGAGAAGCUUUUUUUACUUAGCAGAUACUUAAGCUGAGGUCUGCAACAUGAUUGGAGAAGAGAUAGUUGGACCAGUGGAGAAUCAGUAGCCAGGCAUUGAGAUGAAUCAGUGCAUGCAAAGGCAUGUGGAACGUUGUGUCUGGUUUCAGAAUUGUAAGGAACAGCCUUUAUGGGGGACAGUUGGUGAAGAUUAAGUUGAAGAAAGGAUAAAUUACCCAUGAAAAUGUAUUGGUUCCUAGCUAUUCAAAGUGUACCAAGUUUGUGUGGCUAUUAUUUGUAAGGUUAUAGAAGUAGUCUGUCUGCAGUUCGCUUUGUACCAAAAUCCCCUGUGACCAUCUAGAGCAAUUCUUUUUCUUCUCUGAACUGAGACAAAGGAAGGCUUUCAGUCAGUGCACCUCUAGUCCCAGGGACAACUCAAGCAGUGAAAAAGAACUGAGACACUGGUAGAGAACAACUUUGAAGAUGAAUGGGAUGAGGACACUGAAGUGGAAUGUGACAGACCAUUAUGGGUAUACAGUUGCAUACUUCAGGACCUCCUAUUGGCAUUCUGUCCUCAGUGUAGCUAAAUGUGGCUCAUUUCCCUGUACGUUGGCUUACAGAUAAUUUGAGGGUAGACUUGGGGAAAAUUAAGGUAUUUCUAAAAAUGUUGCUUCAUUGGAGUUUGGAGUUUCAAAAUGUUGUAUUGAAGACAGACCCGUGAACCUUGUGCCAGUGGUAUCUCCAGCAGCACCCAAAACACAUUUUGUCAACUUCCUGUUUGUUUUUUCUGUGAUUUGAGUUUCUUUUCUUGCUUUUGUUGCCACUUUCACCUUUUCUCUUCAUAAUUCAUCCUUUUUCUUUCUGUGCCAGAGUUAUAGCAGUGGCACUCAGGGUUAAAGUCAUAUUCCCCUUUGCAACUUCAGAGAUACUUAAAAAUUCUCAACUUCCAAAUGUUUUUGUUUUGUUGUGUUUUUGUUUUUGUUUUUUAUGGUCCUGUACUGAAGGAGAAUCAAAGUCACUCUUCCUAGGAGGGGAUUUUUAUAAGUAUAGAUAUUGGCAAUUUACCCAAAAGACAAUACAGGAGGAAGAAUCUUAUUUAAUAGGUUUGGUGGUACUAGCCUUCUUAACUGAGUAAAGUACUUUACAGAACGGGGUAUAUCUGUAUGUAUGUUUUUUUAAGUUUGCCAUAUAAAGCAGAUGUUCUGUGUACUUUGUGUUUGUAAACAAUAACCAGUUGGGGGUGGGAAGAUGAUUGCUUUGUACAAAAGGGUUGUUUCCUGGUUCCAAAGCUUUGCUGCUGGAGAUGGUAAAUAAAUAUUGUACUGCUUUGCUGUGUUUAUCCCUUCUGCUCUCUCUGUAUUUGAAUAUAAAAUACUUGAGAAAAAUUGUUGCUUUUCAAAAUUAUUUUUGGGGGUGGUUUGAGCCAUAAGUUGGGCAGAAGGGGCUUCUGGUAAACAGAACUUCUGGGAAUGCAAACUAUGGACCACAGCUUUAGGAUGGGCAAUAAUAAGCAGGCUUUUAAAUUUGAGUUUGUAUGGAAUAAAGCAGUUGUUUCAGGAAUUCUGUUCAAACCCAAGUGCACUGGUCAGAUGGAUAGCUAUAAUUAAUGAUUUACAAAGUUAAUUCAUUCCAUUUGUGCAGUUGGUUGCUCCUUUGAGCUUUCUUUAAACUUGGGAUCCCUUCUUUACACAGAAGAUAAGGAUAAUGGCUAGAAUAAUCAUUCUCCAUUGGAUGCCCUGCUGACUAGUUUGUGUCAGCUGACAUUCAGGGAGAUAUUAUAACAACAACAAAUAAACCUCUGCCUUGGAUUAUUCUCUAUAUCCCCUUUCCCUGUCCCUCCCCCAUACCUCCUACAAAAUUCAUCUUAACUUAUUACUGGCUAUUCUGUAGCCAGAAAAGUACUUUUGGGGAGUCAGAUAGGGAAUUGGGUUGCGAUCACUUCUCUGGAUAACUCUUUUUAUAGAGUAUUUUCUCCUAGCUUAUAUCACCCUGUACAGAAGUGAAAGUCCAUUUCAAAGGGAAGAUCCUUUGACUAUAUUCGUAUUUCCAUUUAAAAAGUAAUGUUGUAUAAUGCCAAAUUUGAUAGUUACUCAAAAGCUAAAGUGCUUUUUAGAGAUUAGCAGUGAUUUUAAAAUAAAAAGUUGCUCGUUAUAAAAAAGGCUCAAAAUGAUAUAAUGCCACAAACUAUUGUAAAAUGAUAAUUUCUUCUGUGAAACCCUGCUUUUUUUCAGUAUUGUGCAUCUAGAAAUUGCUUUACAAAAGCAGAAUUACUCCUUUAAUUUUACAUUUCCUUUGACUUGAUCUUGGCAAAUAUAUUUAGAAAACUGGUUUAGCUAGUUUAUGGCAGUUAAGAAGUGACUUGGAAGCUCAACUUUUGGGUGAGCAGAUGAAGGGUAAAAUUAAAAUGAAAGGUAUGCCUGGUAUUUAAUAUUUGAAAAAUAUUUAUUCAUGAGAACUUAAAAAAGUUUGUUAAACAGAUUAUAGCCCAUUUUCUCAGCAUUCAGUACCAAGCCCAGUUCUUUACUGCCACAGGGGAGUUGGCAAGUAUAUGGCACUUGGCUUCUUAAACCAUAAUACUCUGAAGGAUUGAGAGUGAAUGGUUCAAGAAACAGGCAUUUGUAGAUGAAUUCCAGAAGAAAGCCCAUCUGUGAAAUUGUAGUUCUAGUAAAAAUUACUUUUGAGACAUUAUUAGCUUCCAUGCAAAUAAGUAUAUUAAACAAUGAGAAAUUACCUUGGUCAUUGGAAAAGUUAAGAGUCUUUUAGUCUUACAUCCCAAACAGGAAAAGAGGAAUGUCAGGUAUAGUAGAAUAAGCUAAUAUUUUUAAGUUUCAAUUUUUAAUUUGCCUGAUUGUACUUUUUAAUAAUUUAAGUACACUUAAAAAUACAAAUGAGUAUGUGUACUUUGCAGUUUGUUUUAAGCAUAUAUGUAUUUAAAGAAAAAUACAAAAUUUUAAGUAUGUUUUAGCUAAGUGCUUUUGGUUUAAAAUAGUCAUGGUGUUUGACAUCAAAACUAUGUAAAAUAUAUUUUCCUGAUAGUCAUUAAGGCUGUUGAAUGUGACUUGCCUUGGUUAUGAUUAAUAUCUCUUUCUGUUAGGUUUGGAAAAUAAUGUAGCCUAGUCAUUGGAUUUCUAGAGAGAAAAAGGUGGAGAGGGAAAGAAAGUUAAAUACAAUUUACUAACAGAUUAUUUUCCUUCUAGAUACAAAAUUUACAUCUACCUUUAUGAAGGAUAAAUGUUCAACUUAUAUUUUUGUAAGGGAUUAAUUUAAACCAAAUCCAUUAUUCCCAAACAAAAGAGUGAGAUCCUCAGUACUUUUUGUCAUUAUUCCAUCUUGUUGGUUAAAAAUUGAAUUUGUUAGUUUUAUUACAUGUGCUGAUUGUAGAAAUACUAGAAAAUGAAAAAAAGAAAAAUUCUCCAGACAGAAAAACUGUUAACAUUUUGAUUUCUAGCCUUCUAGAUUUUACCUAUGUAUUUUAAUAAAAGACAGGAUUAUUUUCACUUAAAUAUAAGUGAGGGAAAGAAAACACUGAAAUAUAUACAGAGUAUAGGUUCAUUGAUUAGUGGUAUUUUGUGCCGUUUUGUCAUUAGUCUAUUGAUACUGUAUGAUUUAUUUUACAGUUCACAUAGAAAGAUCAGUUUCACAUUAAUGUUAAAAAUUUUAAUAGUUUCCAGGAAAUAUUUGUUAGCUUCUUAAACUUGAUUAGUAAGUGAAAGUAUUAAUUACUUUGGUGAAAAUUUUGUCUAAAUAUGGAAUUUGCUUUGAAUGUGACUCCUGAUCUGUUAUGAUCAGGAUUUUGAGUUCAUGGUCAGAACCAAUUUUAAGUUCAACUGAACUGAUUUCAAGUUUGAGGUGUUAUUGGUCUGUAGCAAAAAGAAAAAUCAGGGUGGUGCAGCUAAUUUUUCAUAAGAUAAAUUUGUUUAGUAUGAGACUACUAAGGGAAAUUUUAAAGUAUUAGUUUGAGGUGUUGUAUCUUACUCUUUAGAAAUCAUGGUGACCAUUGAUAUUAGUUCCUUAAAAAAUGCCCUUACAUGGGUCGCCUGGGUGGCUCAGUUGGUUAAGGGUCUGCCUUCAGCUGGGGUCAUGAUCCCAGGGUCCUGGGAUCGAGCCCCAUGUAGGGCUCCCUGCUCAGUGGGGAGUCUGCUUCUCCCUCUCCCUCUGCCUGCCAGGCCACCUGCUUGUGCUCUCUCUCUCUCUGAAAUAAAUAAAUAAAAUCUUAAAAAAAAAAAAAAUGCCCUUACUUGACAAAAUAAGGGAAUCCUAUGCCAGGCUUUCCAUUUCCUUUUGCCCCCAGUUAGGUUGACCCAUUGAAUCCCAUCAUUCCAGAUUAGAUCCAUAGGAAAGCCCUCUUCCUUUCCUUCCCAAGUUAUACCUGCUUCUAGACUUGGAAUUUUUGCUGUGACUCUACCACACCACAUUAAACCUUAAACAUUUUGUCCUCAAGAACAAAAGAAUUCGUGCUUACUUUCACCUGUGUAGGCAUACCUUGGAGAUACUACGGGUUUGGUUCCAGACCACAAAUACUUUAUUGCUAAAAAAUGCUAACCAUCUGAGUUUUUGGUGAGUCUUAAUCUUUUUGCUAGUGGAGGGUCUUGCCUUGAUGUUGAUGGCUUCUGACUGACCAGGUUGGUGGUUGCUGAAAGUUGGGGUGGCUGUGGUAAUUUCUUAAUAUAAAACAAAUAGUGAAGUUUGCCACAUCGAUUAACUCUACCUUUCAGGAAUGAUUUCUCUAGCAUAGUAGUGUUCUACAUCCUUUAUUGUCACUUCAACAAUCUUCACAGCAUCCUCACAAGGAGUAGAUUCUAUCUCAAGAAACCUCUUUGCUCAUCCAUAAGAAGCAUUUCCUCAUCUGUUCAAAUUUUAUUAUGAGCUUUCAGCAAUUCGGUCACAUCUCAGGCUUUACUUCUAAUUCCAGUUCUCAGCAAUUGCUAUUUCUACCACAUCUACAGUUACUUCCUCCAUGGAAGUCUUGAACCCCUCAAAGUCAUCCAUGAGGUUGGAAUCAACUUUUUCCAAACUCUAUUAAUGUUGAUAUUUUAACCUCUUCCCAUGAAUCAUGAAUGUUCUUAACGGCAUCUAGAAUGGUAAAUCCUUUCUGGAAGGUUUUCAUUUUUCUUUGCCCAGAUCUUUCAGAGCAAUCACUAUCUGUGGCAGCUUACAUUCUUACAGAGAAAUAAUAAGACUUAAUAAUAAGAUAUAUAAUAAUAUAAGAUAUUAUAAUAAUAAUAAGACUUGAGAAUUAAAGUUGUUCCUUGAUCCAUGGCCUGCAGAAUGAAUGUUGUGUUAGCAGACAUGAAAACAACAUUCUCUCACUGUACAUCUCCAUCAGAGCUCUUGGGUGACCAGUCCAUUGUCAAUGAGCUGUCAAAUUUUGAAGGAAUGUUUGUUCUAAGCAGUAGGUCUCAACAGUGGGCUUAAAAUACUCAGUGAACCAUCAUGUAAACAGAUGUGCUCUCAUCCUGGCCUUAUUCCAUUUAUAGAGCAGAGGCAGAGUAGACUAAGCAUAAUUUUUAAGGGCCCUAGGAUUUUCACAAUGGUCAAUGAGCAUUGGUUCCAACUUUUAAAAAGUCACCAGCUGCAUUGGCCCCUAACAAGAGAGUCAGCCUGUCCUUGUAAGUUGGUUUUUUUGUUUUUAAGAUUUUAUUUAUUUAUUUGACAGAGAGAGACACAGCGAGAGAGGGAACACAAGCAGGGGGAAUGGGAGAGGGAGAAGCAGGCUUUCCGCUGAGCAGGGAGUCCGAUGGGGGGCUCGAUCCCAGGACCCUGGGAUCAUGACCUGAGCCGAAGGCAGACGCUUAAUGCCUGAGCCACCCGGGUGCCCCUGUCCUUGUAAGUUUUGAAGCCAGGCAUUGACUUCUCUAGCUAUGAAAGUCCUAGAUAGCAUCUCCUCUCCAAUAGAAGGCUGUUUCGUCCAUAUUGAAAUUCUGUGGCUUAGUGCAGCCACCUUCAUUAAUUCUCUUGGCUAGAGCUUCUGGGUAACCUGCUGUAGGUUCUACCUCAGCACCUACUGCUUCAUCUUGUACUUUGAUAUUAUGAGACAACUUUUCCUAAGCCUCAUGAAUCAAUUUCUGCUAGCUUCAAACUUGCCUUUUUCCUUACCUCUCUCAGCCUUCACAGAAUUGAAGAGUUAGGGCUUUGUUGAGGAUUGGGUUUUGGCUUAAGGGAAUGUUGUAGCUGGUUUGAUCUAUCCAAACCACUAAAUAUAUAUCAGCAGUAAGGCUGUUUUGCUUUCUUAUCAUUCAUGUGUUCACUAGAAUAGCACUUGUAAUUUCCUUCAAAAACUUUUCCUUUGCAUUCACAACUUGACUGGUGCAAGGGGCCUAGCUUCCAGCCUAUCGUGGUUUUCAAUGUGCUUUUCCCACUAAGCUUAAUCAUUUCUAGCUUUUAAAGUGAUAAAUGUGUGUGCAACUCUUCCUUUUACCUGAACACUUAGAGGCUAUCAUCAGGUUAUUGAUUGCCCUAAUUUCAAUAUUUAUAUCUCAGGAAAUAGGGAGGCCUAAGGCAGGGGAGUGAGACGGAAUGGCGAGUCAGUGGAGCCAUCAGAACACACACAACGUUUAUGUAGUCUUACAUGGGUGCAGUUCAUGGCACCCCAAAACAAUUACAAUACUAACAUCAAAGAUCACCGAUCGUUAAACAAAUACAAUAAUGAAAACUUCUGAAAUAUCUUAAUUACCAAAAUGUGACAUAGGCAUUGAGUGAGCAAAUGCUGUUGGAAAAAUCGUGCCAACAGACUUGCUGGGUGCAGGGUUGCCACAGACCUUCAAUUUGUAAAAAAUGCAGUAUCUGCAAUAAAAUGAGGUAUGCCUGUACAUGCUUAACUUUCAUGGAUAUGUGUACUCAGAUUUAACCAGUAUUCUUAAUCUGACUGCCAUUUGAAGGACACAGCCCAGAUUUGCUUUCUACAACCCGAGUUUUAGAUUUAAAAAAUGUAAAGAAUAGGGGUGCUUGGGUGGCUCAAUCAUUAAGCAUCUGCCUUCGGCUCAGGUCAUGAUCUCAGGGUCCUGGGAUCCAGCCCCACAUUGGGCUCCCUGCUCAGUGGCGAGUCUGCUUCUCCCUCUCCCUCUCUACUUGUGCUCCCACUCUCUGUCUCUUUUUCUCUCUCUCAGAUAAAUAAAUAAAAUCUUUUUUAAAAAAUGUAAAGAAUAUACUGGAGGAUAUAAGAAGUCAUAAUGUCCAAGGUGUGAGCACAGACAGGAUCAUAGAGGCCAUAUUAGCCUGGCUUCUGAGGUUCUGGAACAGCUUUUCUUUCUGUACCCCAUGUGACCCUCAUUUUGUAACCUUCCAACUCCUGAUCAUCCACAGAUUUUUUUGUGUCAGACUGUAUUAUUUUAACCAUAUUAUUUUUUUAAUUGAAACCGUUAUUUUUUAAAAUUUUUUCAUAGUUACUGAAUUAGAAUUUGCCUUUUAAUGUUUUCUGACUUCACAACUUUCUUCUUAAUUCUGUGAGGAUCCCACACAACUUCCCCAAUGGGAGGGGAGAGGUUAUGGAAGAAAAAUUGAUGCAGGGAGUGAUCUAAAAUUAGAGGCAAAUAGACUCUCCCCUUCCCAGUAUGUUUCUUAAGACUUUCCUAUCCUUCUCCCCCAAAAUAACUGAGUGAAUAGCAUUUUCUUGCAGCUCAUUUGCUAUCACUGUGGACUCAAUAGUAUUCUUCAAUAGUAUCUAAUAUGGAAGUUAAUGCAGGGUGACCACAGCAUGUGUUUCAAGAAGAAUGACUGAAAAUCCUAUAGCUGCUAACAUUUUAUUUUUACCAUUCUUACAUUGAGAGCCAAUUCCAUUUCUAGCUUGAGAAUUUACAGUCUGAAAGUCUGACCUUAGAAAAGCUCUAAGGACCUAAAUGCUUAUUAAUACAAUAGGCUUUGGGGAAGAUUGGCAAAUCUAAGAAGAACAGUCCUAGAAUUUUGUGAUUUCAUAUUAAAUUACAGUUCAGUAUUUUGACACUAAUGGAAUAGUGGAAAACUCCCAAACCUGAGACUAUGGUGUCCCCUUUUCAUCUUAAUUCUACAGGAAACAUUUAAGACACUUUCAUCUAGCCUGAAACAAGUUCACUUUCUGCCCAUAUUCCUGACAAAUAAUAGUAUAGCUUUGGUUCUGCAGUUGAAUCAGUAACAAGGUGGCCUGCAGUGAAUGUUUUCCCCCUUGCCUUCUGAUAAGUUAAAAUUUGUUUCUGAACAUACUGAUUGCUUGAAUUACCUAUUACACUUCUAUGCAAAAUAAGGCCUUCUGUGACCUAAUAGGUAAAAUCCCUAGGAUAUAUUUCAAUAUCCAUGAUCUCUGUUUUUCCAAUGUGUAUAUGUUCUCUCAGAACCACAGAAGUAUAUAAUUUAGUAAGAUCUAGAGGCUUCCCCACAUCUUGGAUCACUAACAGUGGAAAUCCAAGGGAUUUAGCUUUCUGGAGAGAGUGAGUGUUCAUAAAUAACCCAUUACUUGUACCUGGCUUUAACCAGCAACCUUGAUUCCAAAACCUAAGUUGUGAUGGAAAAAUAAUCAUAUGAGUAUCAUCCCCUGCCUCAUAUAAUAAUUUUUCCCCAUUUUAGGAGAAAACAUUUAUAUUAAGUACUUCAUUUUUCUCAUAAACGGUGGCGUUUCAAGGUUGAAGUUCAUUCUUUCUCUAGCUCUACCAUUCAUUCCUUUUUAUCUCCUCCUAGUAAAUUGUCUUUCUAAUUAUAUGCUUUCCAUAUAGGUAGCCAGAGGAUUUUUGUUCUGUUUUAUUUUCGUUUUUGUUUUUAAGAAGAAAAUAGAAACUUUCCCCAUGGAGGAAGAAGAAAAGGAAACCAAACUCAAUUUUAAAUGUCUUUUUGAAUUCAGUAUCAGAGCUGUUAGGUCUUUUGAGCCCUUCAAAGUUGUGAAAGAUGAUAAAUAGAUCAGAAUUAGUUGGGAGUCACAGAAGUAAUCUUUUUUAUUAACAUAACCAGAUAGUUAAUUAAAAGAUAACAUAGGCUACUGAUAGCUAAAUAUGAGGAAAAUAAUUUUAGCAAACAGUAAUACCAACAGGUUUUGCUUAUUUGACCGCCAAAGAGUAAUGUUCUAGGGCCAGAGAUUAGUUUUAGAAUGAAGUUGAAGAGAUUUAAACAAAUGUUUUAAUGUUGAUUAAAGGGCUAAAUAAUUUAUCAUCCAAGUCUAUGAGUAUAGUUUGAAGGGAGUAAAGUUCUUAUCUAAGGGACAGCUAGGUGGCUCAUUCGGUUAAGCGUCUGCCUUUGGCUCAGGUCAUGAUCCCAGGGUUCUGGGAUCUAGCCCCACAUCGGGCUCUCUGCUCAGCAGGGAGUCUGCUUCUCCCUCUGCCCUUACCCCCAUACUCACUCCCUCUCCCCCCCCCCAUCAAUAAAAUCUUCCAAAAAAAAGGUUCAUACUUAAAUUUUGUGACAAGUGAAUUACUAAAAAUUUUUCCCUUUGGAUAUAUGUAAUAUCUGUGUUUCAAACUUUAGUUUUCAUUUAGUUUUGUGUCCAGAGUAUAUUUAUAAUGUAAAGCAGAGAAUCAUUAAUUGUGUUUUAAAGGAAACUUUAAGAAGAAUAAAUAUUAUGUAAAGUCUUCCUGAAUGAGUGUAACUCCAGAAGUAUUUCAGGGGCGCCUGGGUGGCUCAGUCGUGCUCAGGUCAUGAUCCCAGAGUCCUGGGAUCGAGCCCCGCGUUGGGCUCUCUGCUCAGCGGGGAGUCUGCUUCUCCCUCUCCCACUCCCCCUGCUUGUGUUCCCUCUCUCACUGUGUCUCUCUCUGUCAAAUAAAUAAAACCUUAAAAAAAAAGAAAAUAUUGGUGGCCUAGGAAAAAGUAAAAUGAUAGUGGAACCAUAAAUUCAAAGGUAGCUCUUCCUGGAUUAGGAUUACUUUAGUUAAUCCAAAACAUGGCCACCUUUCUAUCCCCAGAAUAUUGUGAUCCAACAAUGUAUUUUUAUACGUAAACCCUAAUUUAUACCUUUGUCUACCUCAUGCGUUAUUAUGACCAAGCAUGACUUUUGCUAGAGUUUAAAACCUAAAAAUGGGGGCACCUGGGUGGCUCAGUCAUUAAGCAUCUGCCUUCGGCUCAGGUCAUGAUCCCAGGGUUCUGGGAUCGAGCCCCGCAUCUGCCUCCCUGCUCAAUGGGAAGCCUGCUUCUCCCUCUCCCACUCCCCCUGCUUGUGUUCCCUCUCUUGCUGUGUCUCUCUCUGUCAAUUAAAUAAAUAAAAUCUUUUAAUAAAAAAAAAAAAAAAACCUAAAAAAUGUAUCUGUGUCAGGAAAAAUAACAUACUCUAGGCCCAUGUUUAAAUAUUAUUAACUUCCUUAAAUUAAAAGAUUCUUUUAGGAUCUACUCUAAAUUUUCUUCUCAAGGUAGCAUCAACGUUUGAAGUAGAUAAUAUUUUUGUCUUCCCAAAGAGUACAUUUAAUUUGCUUUUAAGACAGGUAAGUGUACCUUUACUAAAGGAUUGGAGCUCAGAUAAAUAGCUUUUUGUGAUUCAUAUCUAGUAAGCUGCAUUGUCCUAUGACUUGUAAAAGAAUAUUUUGAAGUUAGGAGAAUGUCAUCUAUUAACCUCUGGUACAAGGGUGUAGGCUGACCAAGUAGUUGGAAAGUGAGUUGGAACUACUUGCACCCAGCGUAAUUUUGUGAGUAUUUCUUAUUGCAAAGAUGUAGCCUCAUACUGAAAAUACCAUUUUGGCCUUUUUAUAUAUAUACUCACUUCUGCGUAACUUUUGUGUACUUGGAAAAUCACACCUGUUGUUUGACAUGGUUGAUGCAAUUCUGUCCCACUGUAGAUAAAAUUUGGGUUGUACAUGCAUGACUGAUUUGCCUAAAGAGUGUAUUUUAGGUAGUAACCCAGUCUUUCUAGUUGAAAAAGGUUUUAAUAGACUAUUGUUUAGAGAAGUUUUAGGUUUACAUUAAAACUGAGAGGAAGGUAUAGAGAUUUCCAAUAUACCUCCUGCCUCUACACAUGCAUAGCUUCCUUCCUUAUCAACGUCCCCCAAAGUAAUGUUUGUUUUAAUCAAUGAGCCUACAGUGAUACAUCAUUAUCACCCUAAGGGUUCACUGUUGAUGUGUUGUACAUUAUGUGGGUUUCGACAAAUGUAUGAUGAUUUUUUUUUUUUAAGAUUUUAUUUAUUUAUUUAUGGGGCGCCUGGGUGGCUCAGUCGUUAAGCGUCUGCCUUCGGCUCAGAUCAUGAUCCCAGGGUCCUGGGAUCGAGCCCCACAUCAGGCUCCCUGCUCCGUGGGAAGCCUGCUUCUCCCUCUCCCACUCCCCCUGCUUGUGUUCCCUGUCUCACUGUGUCUCUCUCUGUCAAAUAAAUAAAAUCUUUAAAAAUAAAUAAAUAAAUAAAGAUUUUAUUUAUUUAUUUGACAGAGAGAGAGCGCACAAGUAGGCAGGGCGGCAGGCAGAGGCAGAGGAAGAAGCAGGCUCCCGGUUGAGCAGGGAGCCUGAUGUGGGACUCCAUCCCAGGACCCUGGAGUCAUGACCUGACUUGCUUAACCAACUGAGCCACCCAGGCACCCCAGGUAUCCACCUUUAUAGUGGACAUAUAUCAUACAGAAUAAUUUUACUGCACUAAAAAUCCUCUGUACUCUGCCACUCAUCCCUUCCUCCCCCCAACCCUAGGCAACCACUGAUCUUUUUUACUGUAACCAUAGUUUUGUCUUUUCCAGAAUGUCAUAUAGUUGGAAUCAUGCAGUAUGUGGACUUUUCAGAUCGACUUCUUUCAUUUAGUAAUAUGUAUUUAAGUUUCCUCCGUGUCUUUUCAUAGCUUGAUGGCUCAUUUGGGUGGUGGUGGGAGGGAGAAGGGCAGAGGGAGAGAGAAUCUUAAGCAGGCUCCACGCCCAGCAUGGAGCCCAAGGCUGGGCUGGAUUUCACAACCCUGAGAUUAUGACCUGAGCCAGAAUUAGGAGUCGGACGCUUAACCAGCUGAGCCACCCGGGUGCCCAUUGAUGGCUCAUUUCUUUUUAGCACUGGAUAAUAUUCCAUCAUCUGAUGUACCACAAUUUAUCCAUUCAUCUACUAAAAAUCAUCUUGGUUGCUUCCAAGUUUUGGCCAUUAUGAAUAAAGCUGCUAUAAAUAUCUAAUUACAUAGGUUAUUUCACCCCUAACUACUGUUUAUUUGCAUGUUGUUUUCUUAGAAAGAUCAUGUCGUCUGUGAACAAAAAGGGUUUUAUUUCUUCCUUGAUUUGUGUUUUGGUGUCUAACAUUGAUUGGGGGAAAUUCUCAGCCAUUAUUGCUUCAAAUAUUCUGUUACUUUCUCUCUUUCUCCUGGUAUUUUCAUUAUGCAUAUAUAACAUUUUUUGUAACAGUUCCUAGAUAUUCCAUUUUGUAUUUUUUCAAUCCUUUUUUGUUUUGUUUUUCAGUUUGGGAAGUUUCUGUUGACAUACUCUCAAGCACAGAGAUUGUUUCUUCAGCAAUGUGCAGUCUACUAAUGGGGCUAUCACAGGCAUUCCUAAUUUCUAUUACAGUGUUUUUGAUCUCUAGCAUUUCUUUUUGGUUCUUUCUUUGGAUUUCUAUCUCUCUUACUUAUAUUACACAUCUGUUUUUUUAUGUUGUCUACUUUUUCCAUUAGAGCCCUUAGCACAUUAAUCAGUUGUUUUGAAUUCCUUAUCUUGAUCAUUCCAACAUCCCUGUCAUGUCUGCCUUUUUAUGCUUGCUCUGACUCUUCAAACUGUGUUUUUCUGCCUUUUAGUAUUCCUUGUAUGUUUUGGUUGAAAGGUAGACAUGAUGUAUUAGGUAAAAGGGGCUGUGGUAAAUGGGCCUUUACAAAGUAGUGGUAAGGUACAGGGAAGUGGUAGCACUCUGUAGUCCUGUGAUUAAGCCUCAGUCUUGUUGAGCUUAUGCCCCUGGACUGUGACCUUCAGCACUGAUUCUCAAUCCCUUCUUUUAAGCGGGAAGGAUGGCUAGAGUGGCCUGGAAUUGUGUAUUUCCAUUCUCCCAGGUUAGUUAGGCUCCAAUAAAAUUCCUACAACCAGGGUGCGUUCUGGUAAAAUAGUUUUUGUUGAGGGCAUGUCUUGUUAAGAAGAACAGAAUGCUCUGGCAUAUUUAAAAAUGCUUACUUUUCCUCUCCCCCGGCUGGAAGCGUAAGGGGAUGUUUCUCCAGUUUUUACUGUGAGAACCUGGUGGAACUCUGGGAGAUAAACUCACAGAAGUGUGAGGGCUCUCCGUGAUUGGGUCAUCUUGUGGUUUUUAACUCUUAGACUUAUCCCAUUGAGUGUCCAGCAAUUCAUCAGUUAUAGUUCAGGUUUUUCCUCAGUACUGGCUUCUGCUGAGGUUUCCACUCAUGGGUUUCUGCUCCAUUAACUUGUGAUCCUCUGUCUCUCUUUUUUGGAGCACCGGUUCACACCGUAACCUCACUUUUCCGGUCUAAGAGAUCUAAGAAGAGCUGUUGACUUCUUGGUUUGUUCAGCUUUUUACUUGUCAGGAUAGAGAGGAGAGAUGCUGGACCAGAAACUGGAAGUUAGAUCUAUUUCUUUACAUCAUUUUCUCUUAAAUAAAUAUUGUUC